CCGCUGACGCGGCCCCAGUUCUCACUGCCAUUGGGUGCCAGUUUCCAGAGAAGCCAAUCAGUGUCGCCGCGGUUCCCGGUGAUAAAGUCUCCACGGACCUACCCAGACUCAGACUCUCCCCAGACCCCGAGGAUGGAGGUCACGGCGCCCCGAAUCGUCCUGCUGCUGCUCUCGGGGGCCCUGGCCCUGACCGAGACCUGGGCGGGCUCCCACUCCCUGAGGUAUUUUUCCACCGCCGUGUCCCGGCCCGGCCGCGGGGAGCCCCGGUACAUCUCCGUCGGCUACGUGGACGACACGCAGUUCGUGCGGUUCGACAGCGACGCCGAGAAUCCGAGGAUGGAGCCGCGGGCGCCGUGGGUGGAGCAGGAGGGGCCGGAGUAUUGGGACCGGGAGACACGGAACGCCAGGGGCAACGCACAGACUGUCCGAGUGGACCUGCGGACCCUGCGCGGCUACUACAACCAGAGCGAGGCCGGGUCUCACACUAUCCAGUGGAUGUACGGCUGCGACGUGGGGCCGGACGGUCGCCUCCUCCGCGGGUACCGGCAGUUCGCCUACGACGGCGCCGACUACAUCGCCCUGAACGAGGACCUGCGCUCCUGGACCGCGGCGGACACGGCGGCUCAGAUCACCAAGCGCAAGUGGGAGGCGGCCGGUGAGGCGGAGCACAGCAGGGACUACCUGGAGGGAAAGUGCGUGGACUCGCUGCGCAGACACCUGGAGCACGGGAAGGACACGCUGCAGCGCGCGGACCCCCCAAAGACACACGUGACCCACCACCCCAUCUCUGACCGUGAGGCCACCCUGAGGUGCUGGGCCCUGGGCUUCUACCCUGCGGAGAUCACACUGACCUGGCAGCGGGAUGGGGAGGACCAGACCCAGGACACGGAGCUUGUGGAGACCAGGCCUGCAGGGGACGGAACCUUCCAGAAGUGGGCGGCUGUGGUGGUGCCUUCUGGAGAGGAGCAGAGAUACGUGUGCCAUGUGCAGCACGAGGGGCUGCCGGAGCCCCUCACCCUGAGAUGGGGUAAGGACGGGAUGGGGGGUCACAUCUCUUUUCAGGGAAAGCAGGGGCCCUUCUGGAGCCCUUCAGCAGGGUCAGGGCUGAGCCUGGGGUCAGGCCCCUCACCUUCCCGUCCUUUCCCAGAGCCGCCUUCCCAGCCCAGCGUCCCCAUGGUGGGCAUCGUUGCUGGCCUGGUCCUCCUUGGAGCUGUGCUCACUGGAGCUGUCGUCGCUGCUGUGAUGUGGAGGAAGAAGAGCUCAGGUGGAAAAGGAGGGAGCUACGCUCAGGCUGCCUGCAGCGACGGUGCCCAGGGCUCGGAUGAGUCUCUCAUGGCUCGUAUAAAGCGUGAGACAGCUGCCAUGUGUGGGACUGAGUGAUGCAGGAUUUGUUCACGCCUCCCCUUUGUGGCUUCAGAGCUUCUGACUUCUCUAUCUGCAAAGGCCUCUGAAUGACUCUGCGUCCCUGUUUGCGUGAUGUGAGGAGGUGGGGAGGCCAGCCCACCCCCGUGACCACCGUAACCUCCUCCCCACACUGACCUGUGUCCUGUCUCCAGUCACCUUUCCUGUUCCAGUGAGGUCUGCAUUCCUGGGACGUCUUCAUCCCUGUCUCAACUUGAUGGUGCACCGAGCUACUUCCUUACUGAAUAUGAGAAUUUGAACAUAAAUUUGUUUUCUCAAAUUCUUGUCAUGAGAGGUUGAUGAGUUAAUUAAAGGAGAUUCCUAAAAUUCAAGAGAGGAAAUAAAUGGAAGACCU